UAACAGUGUAGUGAGACAAGUUUCCAUCCCUGAUGAUCAGCAAUUUCGAAACAGAACUUUUAGCUCAGAAAAUGGCCUCAUAUUUUGAUGAGCAUGACUGUGAACCCACAAAUCCAGAAGAACAGUACCGACAGAAUGCCCUCCUGGAGCUUGCAAGGUCUCUAAUGCAGGGCCUCGAUAUUGACUCAGGUUCAUUUGACUUGUCGGAUUGGGGCCAGCGUCUCCCUCCUUCUGCAGCAAAAGCAGUGGUUCAGAGCCUUCCUGUGGUCAUCAUCUCACCUGAACAAGCAGAUAAAGCCCUAAAGUGUCCAGUGUGUUUACUGGAGUUUGAGGAGCAAGAAACCAUGAGAGAGAUGCCCUGUAAACAUCUGUUCCACACAGGCUGCAUCCUGCCUUGGCUCAGUAAGACCAAUUCAUGUCCUUUGUGUCGACUUGAACUACCCACUGACAAUCCAGACUAUGAGGAGUUUAAAAAAGAUAAGGUAAGAGUGAGUGUGGUCAUAGCUGUUUUCUUAUUCAAGCACAAUCUAGUCCUUUGUGCAUUCAUUUAUCCCAUAGAGUCUUAUGUGACAACACUAGAAUGUAGCCCAGAAUUUUGUCUGUAUGUAUAUUUUACAGGAACGGAGAAGACAAAGAGAUCAUAGAUUAGAGGAUCUACACGGAGCUAUGUAUACAUGACCUCAGCACCUUUAAUACUUAAAAAUGAAUGCAAAUGGAAAAUAUAAUCUGAACUUUCAGUUUGCUGGAAGUGAGAGUUCAGUGUGCCGGGACCAGGCUUUAAAAUGAUUUUGUUUGCUUGAAAUAGAAAACGUUUUUAAUGUUAUUGCUUUUAAGUUUUUUUUUUUUGUAUCUCUAUACACUGAGAACUAUUUGCGUGAAAGAUGUCACUGUAAGGUAACCUUAUAGACCCCUCUCGGAUUUUAUUAAAUGUUUUAUUAAUCAAUGAAAGCAGUUGCUUUUAUGAUGCUAGUGCUUUUUUGUAUUUAAAUGUAUUAGAUUCAUGAUCUAAUAUUGAAUAUUGAAGUGUUUAACUUUUUAGUGCUCAGAAAAUAAGCAUUGAAUGGCCACAUUGAUACAGUAUUUAAUAGUGAAAGUAAAUGAAACCCUUACUAUAUAAUAUGGUAGUACUUAAUCAUAGUAAAUUGCCACAUGGAAAAUUAUUGUAUUGGUUCAAUAGCCUUAGAUCACCAAACUUGUGAACAGAUCUAAAAGUAAUUAAAUGCUUUAUUGUAUCAUUAAAUGCUCUAUUGUUUUUUUUUUUACUUAUGAGCAGAAAAAUGGUCAUGUUUCAUGAAUUUUAUAUUAAAAGUAGUCUUAAAAGUUUUCCAUAUUUUCUGUAAU